AUGUCUACAGAGAAGGGCUCCAUCUCCUACAUGGAGGAACAGCCUCCCAAGAACCUCAAAAUGUUGAGCGAGCAAGAUGCAGCAGCCAAUGAAGCCCAGCGCGUCGACACAACUUUAACAGCAAAGCAGGCAUUCAAGUACUACUACAAGGCCGUGGCUUGGAGUGUAGCAAUGUCAAUGUCAACAAUCAUGGAAUCCUACGGUUUGCUCCUGAUGAACUCGUUCUUCGCCUUUCCCCAGUUCCAACAGAAGUAUGGAGUGCAACUCCCCAACGGUUCCUACUCUGUCCCAGCAAAAUGGCAGUUGGCACUUACCAUCACCAGCAAUAUUGGGCUGAUAAUUGGCGUUUUUGCCAAUGGCUACUGUGCGGAUCGAUGGGGGUUGAGGAAAGUCAUGCUCGUCUCGCAUGUUUUCUUUGCAGGGUUUGUGUUUAUCAACUUUUUCGCCGAAAAUGUUGAAACUCUUGUCGUCGGAACUCUUUUAGUAUCCAUUCCAUGUGGCUUCUUCGCUGCUGCAACUCCAUCGUACGCGGCUGAGGUGUCUCCAUUACGUUUAAACGGAUAUCUGACAGUUUAUGUCAACCUAUGCUGGGUAAUGGGAAAGAUGAUCUCUUUCGGCGUUCUGACUUCAAUGCUCCGUAACCCAACAGAGUGGUCCUACCGCAUCCCCUUUGCCAUUCAAUGGGGCUGGCCCCCAUUCAUGAUUGUCGCCACAUAUCUCGCCCCCGAGUCACCAUGGUGGUUAAUCAGAAAUGGUCGUGUCGAAGAAGCUGAGAAGAAUCUCGGACGUCUAUGUUCUGCGCCGGUUGAUGUCAUUGACCCCAAGAACACAAUCGCAAUGAUGACUCGCACAAUUGAGACGGAGCGAGACAUGAACAUUCAAGGAUCCUACCUUGAUUGCUUCAGAGGAGAGAACCUGCGCCGAACCGAGAUUGCCAUGGUCAGCUGGGGUUGUCAGAUUCUUCCAGGUUUUGCAAUCCAGAACUACAUCACAUACUUCUUUACUCUUGCGGGUUUGUCGUCGGGUGAUUCAUUCAAGCUUUCUCUAGGAAAUGCUGGCCUCGCAUUUGUUGGUACCGUUUCAUCGUGGUUUAUGAUGACACGUUUCGGCUGGCGUACCCUUUAUAUGGGUGGACUAUGUGCCAUGUUACCCAUCAUGAGCCUUGUCGCUUUCCUCGAUUUUGCAACUAAAGAUAAAGAUAAUAUCCGCUGGGCUCAAUCGGCUCUCCUUCUAGUUUGGUUCUUCUGUUACGGCAUCUCUAUCGGCCCCAUCCCCUAUGGCAUCGCGGCCAACGUCGGGGCUUCCAACCUUCGUGUCAAGACCAUCUCACUCGCUCGCAAUACUUAUUACUUUCUGUCCAUCAUCAACGUCAUUGUGGCGCCGUAUUUAUUGAACCCACAAGAAGCGAACUUAAAGGGCAAGGCAGCUUUUCCUGCUGCGGGACUAACUAUUGUUCUUCUUGUCUGGACUUUCUUUAGACUGCCUGAAGUGAAGGGACUUACUGCCGAGACUCUAGACCACCUUUUUGAGAACAAGGUGUCGGCUAGAAAGUUCAGAGAUGCUGCAAAAGAUUAUCAGUAG